GAGGUCCUCCGCGGUUCUGGGUAAUCCAAUUCACUAUCUGACCGUCCAGCCAAUCAGCUCCCGUCCAGACCCCACCACCCACCAUGUCUGCGAUAUACCCCAACGACAAGGUGGACAACACCUACCCCGACGAGAAGCAGGAGCCCCAUCUGAGCUACGGCAACACGACCGACUCGGACGGCGAGCAUGUCUCCAUUACCGCACUGGUUGCGGAAGACCACAGUCAUGAUAUCAAGCUCCGAACCAUGUCAUGGCAGAAGGCCGCCUGGCUACUUGCCGGGGACCAAGUCUGCCUCGCCAUCAUGGCCCAGACAUGGUCGCUCUCCGUGCUAGGCUGGGUUCCUGGAAUAAUCACCAUGGUCGUCGCCGGUGUGCUCUUCUGGAUCACCUCCAUCACCAUGCACAAGUUCAUUAUGAAAUAUCCUCAGAUCACCAACAUCUGCGAUUUCGGAUACUAUAUUUGCGGAAAGAGCAGGAUUGCGUAUGAGUUCACGGGGUUCAUGUUGCUCGCGAACAACAUCAUCCUCAUCGGCUUCCACGUCCUCACCGGCGCCAAGGUCAUCAACACCCUCUCGGACCACUCACUAUGCACUGUCGUCUUUUCCGUGAUUGUGACCCUCAUGGGCAUAGUGAUGUCUAUCCCAAGGACCUUAAAGCACGUCUCUUUCAUGUCCAUCUUCUCAGCUGCCUGCAUGGGACUGGCUAUCCUCCUCUUUCUCAUCUUCUCCGGUAUUGAGUCUGCUCCUCUAUACGGAUACAACGGCGACUAUCCCACCCUUGGCCCUGUGAAGACAUACGCCUUCCCUCCCAAGGGCACGACAUGGGUCGACUGCAUGAACGCCGUCCUGAACAUCACUUUCCUCUGGGUCCCUCAAAUCCUCUUCCCCACCUUCAUCUCCGAGAUGGAGAAGCCCCAAGACUUCCCCAAGUCCCUCGCCGUCCUGACCGGCAUCUCCGCCUUCCUCUUCAUCGUGCCCCCAGCGAUCGGCUUCAGAUACCUAGGCCAGUACUCCACGGCUCCAGCCUUCGGCAGUCUGGGUGUCACCUCCUACAAGAAGGGCUCCUUCGCCUUCGUCAUCGUCCCCACCGUCAUCAUCGGCGUCAUCUACGCCAACGUUUCGGCCAAGUUCGUCUACUUCCGCAUCUUGGGCAAGUCAAGGCACGCGCACAGCAACACCGUGAUCGGGUGGGGCGUCUGGGUCGCAGUCAUGGCCGGCAUCUGGGGCAUCGCGUUCAUCUUCUCCGAGGUCGUGCCCAGCAUGGGCGACUUCCUGUCCCUUCUCGGCGCCGCCUUCGACUCCUUCUUCGGUUUCAUCUACUUCGCGAUCGCGUACUGGCAGCUGUACAAGGGGAAGCUGUUCCGCGGGGCUGGCAGGUCGGUCAUGACGAUUGUGCACAUCUUUGUGAUGUGCUGCGGGCUGUUCCUGCUUGGGCCCGGGCUGUACGCUGCUGUGAAGGCUAUCAUCGCGGAUUACUCGGGCAGCACGAGACCGGCGUUUAGCUGUGCUAAUCUGGCGAUUUAAGGGAGGGCGUUGGGUUAUAUCGCGAUUGAGAUAGAGUUGGCCUAAACCUUAGCUAUGAUACCAAAAUGCCGCGUAAAAGCGAGCGACAGAUUUGACUACCU